UCCGGGCCCGCCAGUAGCCGGCCGCGGCGGCGAGGGACUAGGACGCGGCUGGAGCGGCGCCGGGAGACGAGGAGCUGAGAGACGGCGGCGGCCGAAAGCGGAGAGAUGCUGGGCGUGGCGGCUGGGAUGACCCACAGUUUGAAGGAAGAAAGUACUGUGAACAUGACUUUCAGAUGCUCUUUGCCCCUUGCUGUCAUCAGUGUGGUGAAUUCAUCAUUGGCCGAGUUAUCAAAGCCAUGAAUAACAGCUGGCAUCCCGAGUGCUUCCGCUGUGACCUCUGCCAGGAAGUUCUGGCAGAUAUCGGGUUUGUCAAGAAUGCUGGGAGACACCUGUGUCGCCCCUGUCAUAAUUGUGAGAAAGCCAGAGGCCUUGGGAAAUACAUCUGCCAGAAAUGCCAUGCUAUCAUCGAUGAGCAGCCUCUGAUAUUCAAGAAUGACCCCUACCAUCCAGACCAUUUCAACUGCGCCAACUGCGGGAAGGAGCUGACUGCCGAUGCACGGGAGCUGAAAGGGGAGCUAUACUGCCUGCCAUGCCAUGAUAAAAUGGGGGUCCCCAUCUGUGGCGCUUGCCGACGGCCCAUCGAAGGGCGCGUGGUGAACGCCAUGGGCAAGCAGUGGCAUGUGGAGCAUUUUGUUUGUGCCAAGUGUGAGAAACCCUUUCUCGGACAUCGCCAUUAUGAGAGGAAAGGCCUGGCGUAUUGUGAAACUCACUAUAACCAGCUAUUUGGUGAUGUUUGUUUCCACUGCAAUCGUGUUCUAGAAGGUGAUGACAAGGGUCUCACUCUGAUGCCCAGGAUGGAAUGUAGUGGUGCUAUCACAGUUCAUUGUAACCUGGAACUCCUGGACUCGAGGGAUCCUCCCGCCUCCACCUCCCAAAGUGCUGGGGCUACCGGCUUGAGCCACUGUGCCAGACGGAGUCUCCCUCUGUCAGCUGUGGAGGCUGGCGGCCGAAAUCUGAUCCGGGCUUGCCAAGACACCCUCAGAGACCAGGGCGCUGCCAAGAGCCCGGCGGAGUGCAGCUCGAGCGCCGACGUCGCCAGUGUGACGCACAGUGCUGACCAGUACGCAAGUGCGUCAGAAUGGUCUCCACCGGCUACGCCGCUGCGUCACUGGCUUGCAGGCGCUUUCCUCUUGGAAGUGGCGACUGCUGCAGGGCUGAGCGCUGGUCUCAGGAGGCUCCGCAGUCAGGUUGGCAGCGCGAUGAGGCGCAGCAAGGCCGACGUGGAGCGGUAUAUCGCCUCCGUGCAGGGCUCCGCCCCGUCGCCUAGAGAGAAGUCAAUGAAAGGAUUGUAUUUUGCAAAGCUGUAUUAUGAAGCUAAAGAAUAUGAUCUUGCUAAAAAAUACAUAUGUACUUAUGGGCAAGAGAGGGAUCCCAAAGCUCAUAGAUUUCUGGGUCUUCUUUAUGAAUUGGAAGAAAACACAGACAAAGCCGUUGAAUGUUACAGGCGUUCAGUGGAAUUAAACCCAACACAAAAAGAUCUUGUGUUGAAGAUUGCAGAAUUGCUUUGUAAAAAUGAUGUUACUGAUGGUAGAGCAAAAUACUGGGUUGAAAGAGCAGCUAAACUUUUCCCAGGAAGUCCUGCAGUUUAUAAACUAAAGGAACAGCUUCUAGAUUGUGAAGGUGAAGAUGGAUGGAAUAAACUUUUUAACUUGAUUCAGUCAGAACUUUAUGUAAGACCUGAUGACGUCCAUGUGAAUAUCCGGCUAGUGGAGUUGUAUCGCUCAAAUAAAAGAUUGAAGGAUGCUGUGGCCCACUGCCGUGAGGCAGAGAGGAACACAGCUUUGCGUUCAAGUUUAGAAUGGAAUUCGUGUGUUGUACAGACCCUUAAGGAAUAUCUGGAGUCUUUACAGUGUUUGGAGUCUGAUAAAAGUGACUGGCGAGCAACCAAUACAGACUUACUGCUGGCCUAUGCUAAUCUUAUGCUUCUUACACUUUCCACUAGAGAUGUGCAGGAAAGUAGAGAAUUACUGGAAAGUUUUGGUAGUGCUCUUCAGUCUGUGAAAUCUUCUUUGGGUGGAAAUGAUGAACUGUCAGCUACUUUCUUAGAAAUGAAAGGACAUUUCUACAUGCAUGCUGGUUCUCUGCUUUUGAAGAUGGGUCAGCAUAGUAACGUUCAAUGGCGAGCUCUUUCUGAGCUGGCUGCAUUGUGCUAUCUCAUAGCAUUUCAGGUUCCAAGACCAAAGAUUAAAUUAAUAAAAGGUGAAGCUGGACAAAAUCUGCUGGGAAUGUUGGCCUGUGACCGACUGAGCCAAUCAGGGCACAUGUUGCUAAACUUAAGUCAUGGCAAGCAAGAUUUUUUAAAAGAGGUUGUUGAAUCUUUUGCCAACAAAAGCGGGCAGUCUGCAUUAUAUGAUGCUCUGUUUUCUAGUCAGUUACCUAAGGAUACAUCUUUUCUUGGUAGCGAUGAUAUUGGAAACAUUGAUGUACAAGAACCAGAGCUUGAAGAUUUGGCUAGAUAUGAUGUUGGUGCUAUUCGAGCACAUAAUGGUAGUCUUCAGCACCUUACUUGGCUUGGCUUACAGUGGAAUUCAUUGCCUGCUUUACCUGGAAUCCGAAAAUGGCUAAAACAGCUUUUCCAUCAUUUGCCCCAGGAAACCUCAAGGCUUGAAACAAAUGCACCUGAAUCAAUAUGUAUUUUAGACCUUGAAGUAUUUCUCCUUGGAGUAGUAUAUACCAGCCACUUACAAUUAAAGGGGAAAUGUAAUUCUCACCACAGCUCCUAUCAGCCAUUAUGCCUGCCCCUUCCUGUGUGUGAACAGCUUUGUACAGAAAGACAAAAAUCUUGGUGGGAUGCGGUUUGUACUCUGAUUCACAGAAAAGCAGUACGUGGAAACGCAGCAAAAUUGAGACUUUUAGUUCAGCAUGAAAUAAACACUCUAAGAGCCCAGGAAAAACAUGGCCUUCAACCUGCUCUGCUUGUACAUUGGGCAAAAUGCCUUCAGAAAAUGGGCAGCGCUCUUAAUUCUUUUUAUGAUCAACGAGAAUACAUAGGGAGAAGUGUUCAUUAUUGGAAGAAAGUUUUGCCAUUGUUGAAGAUAAUAAAAAAGAACAGUAUUCCUGAACCUAUUGAUCCUCUGUUUAAACAUUUUCAUAGUGUAGACAUUCAGGCAUCAGAAAUUGUUGAAUAUGAAGAAGACGCACACAUAACUUUUGCUAUAUUGGAUGCAGUAAAUGGAAAUAUAGAAGAUGCUAUGACUGCUUUUGAAUCUAUAAAAAGCGUUGUUUCUUAUUGGAAUCUUGCACUGAUUUUUCACAGGAAGGCAGAAGACAUUGAAAAUGAUGCCCUGUCUCCUGAAGAACAAGAAGAAUGCAAAAAUUAUCUGAGAAAGACCAGGGACUACCUAAUAAAGAUUUUAGAUGACAGUGAUUCAAAUCUUUCAGUGGUCAAGAAAUUGCCUGUGCCCCUGGAGUCUGUAAAAGAGAUGCUUAAUUCAGUCAUGCAGGAACUCGAAGACUAUAGGGAAGGAGGUCCUCUUUAUAAAAAUGGUUCUUUGCGAAAUGCAGAUUCAGAAAUAAAACAUUCUACACCAUCUCUUACCAAAUAUUCACUAUCACCAAGUAAAAGUUACAAGUAUUCUCCCAAAACACCACCUCGAUGGGCAGAAGAUCAGAAUUCUUUACUGAAACUGAUUUGCCAACAAGUAGAGGCCAUUAAGAAAGAAAUGCAGGAGUUGAAACUAAAUAGCAGUAACUCAGCAUCCCUUCAUCGUUGGCCCACAGAGAAUUAUGGACCAGACUCAGUGCCUGAUGGAUAUCAGGGGUCACAGACAUUUCAUGGGGCUCCACUAACAGCUGCAACUAGUGGCCCUUCAGUAUGUUAUAGUCAGUCACCAGCUUAUAAUUCCCGGUAUCUUCUCAGACCGGCAGCUAAUGUUACUCCCACAAAGGGCCCAGUCUAUGGCAUGAAUAGACUUCCACCCCAACAGCAUAUUUAUGCCUAUCCGCAACAGAUGCACACACUGCCAGUGCAAAGCUCAGCUGCUUGUAUGUUCUCUCAGGAGAUGUAUGGUCCUCCUGCAUUGCGUUUUGAGUCUCCUGCAACAGGAAUUCUAUCGCCCAGGGGUGAUGAUUCCUUUAAUUACAAUGUUCAACAGACAAGCACAAAUCCACCUUUGCCAGAACCAGGAUAUUUCACAAAACCUCCAAUUGCAGCUCAUGCUUCAAGAUCUGCAGAAUCUAAGGCUAUAGAAUUUGGGAAAACUAAUUUUGUUCAGCCCAUGCCGGGUGAAGGAAUAAGGCCAUCUUUGCCAACACCAGCACACACAACACAGCCAGCUCCUUUUAAAUUUAACUCAAAUUUCAAAUCAAAUGAUGGUGACUUCACAUUUUCCUCACCACAAGUUGUGACACAGCCCCCUCCUGCAGCUUACAGUAACAGUGAAAGCCUUUUAGGUCUCCUGACUUCAGAUAAACCCUUGCAAGGAGAUGGCUAUAGUGGACCCAAACCAAUUCCUGGUGGUCAAACCAUUGGGCCUCGAAAUACAUUCAAUUUUGGAAGCAAAAAUGUGUCUGGAAUUUCAUUUGCAGAAAACAUGGGGUCGAGUCAGCAAAAGAAUUCUGGUUUUCGGCGAAGUGAUGAUAUGUUUACUUUCCAUGGUCCAGGGAAAUCAGUAUUUGGAACACCCACUUUAGAGACAGCAAACAAGAAUCAGGAGACAGAUGGAGGAAGUGCCCAUGGGGAUGAUGAUGAUGACGGUCCUCACUUUGAGCCUGUAGUACCUCUUCCGGAUAAGGCUGAAGUAAAAACUGGUGAGGAAGAUGAAGAAGAAUUCUUUUGCAACCGCGCGAAAUUGUUUCGUUUUGAUGUAGAAUCCAAAGGAUGGAAAGAACGUGGGAUUGGCAAUGUAAAAAUACUGAGGCAUGAAACAUCUGGUAAAAUUCGCCUUCUAAUGAGACGAGAGCAAGUAUUGAAAAUCUGUGCAAAUCAUUACAUCAGUCCAGAUAUGAAAUUGACACCAAAUGCUGGAUCAGACAGAUCUUUUGUAUGGCAUGCCCUUGAUUAUGCAGAUGAGUUGCCAAAACCAGAACAACUUGCUAUUAGGUUCAAAACUCCUGAGGAAGCAGCACUUUUUAAGUGCAAGUUUGAAGAAGCCCAGAGCAUUUUAAAAGCCCCAGGAACAAAUGUAGCCACAGCAUCAAAUCAGGCUGUCAGAAUUGUAAAAGAACCCACAAGUCAUGAUAACAAGAUAAGCAAGGCUCCAAAGAGGGGAUUUGAAGGAAUGUUCAUCAGGAAAGGACAAUGGGACUGUAGUGUUUGCUGUGUACAAAAUGAGAGUUCUUUCUUAAAAUGUGUGGCUUGUGAUGCCUCUAAACCAACUUAUAAACCUAUUGCAGAAGCUCCUUCAGCUUUCACAUUGGGCUCAGAAAUGAAGUUGCAUGACUCUUCUGGAAGUCAGGUGGGAACAGGAUUUAAAAGUAAUUUCUCAGAAAAAGCUUUUAAGUUUGGCAAUACAGAGCAAGGAUUCAAAUUUGGGCAUGUGGAUCAAGAAAAUUCACCUUCAUGUAUGUUUCAGGGUUCUUCUAAUACAGAAUUUAAGUCAACCAAAGAAGGAUUUUCCAUCCCUGUGUCUGCUGAUGGAUUUAAGUUUGGCAUUUCGGAACCAGGAAAUCAAGAAAAGAAAAGUGAACAGCCUCUUGAAAAUGAUACUGGCUUCCAGGCUCAGGAUAUUAGUAGCCAGAAGAAUGGUCGUGUUGUGAUUGUUGGCCAAACAAGUAGCACGUUUACAUUUGCAGAUCUUGCAAAAUCAACUUCCGGAGAAGGAUUUCAGUUUGGCAAAAAAGAGCCCAAUUUCAAGGGAUUUUCAGGUGCUGGAGAAAAAUUAUUCUCAUCACAAUGCGGUAAAAUGGCCAAUAAAGCAAACACUUCUGGUGAUUUUGAGAAAGAUGAUGAUGCCUAUAAGACUGAGGACAGCGAUGACAUCCAUUUUGAACCAGUAGUUCAAAUGCCUGAAAAAGUAGAACUUGUAACAGGAGAAGAAGAUGAAAAAGUUCUGUAUUCACAGCGGGUAAAACUAUUUAGAUUUGAUGCUGAGAUAAGUCAGUGGAAAGAAAGGGGCUUGGGGAACUUAAAAAUUCUCAAAAAUGAGGUCAAUGGCAAACUAAGAAUGCUGAUGCGAAGAGAACAAGUACUAAAAGUGUGUGCUAAUCAUUGGAUAACGACUACAAUGAACCUGAAGCCUCUCUCUGGAUCAGAUAGAGCAUGGAUCUGGUUAGCCAUUGAUUUCUCUGGUGGUGAUGCCAAACUAGAGCAGUUGGCAGCAAAAUUUAAAACACCAGAGUUGGCUGAAGAAUUCAAGCAGAGAUUUGAGGAAUGCCAGCGGCUUCUGUUAGACAUACCACUUCAAACUCCCCAUAAACUUGUAGAUACUGGCAGAGCUGCCAAGUUAAUACAGAGAGCUGAAGAAAUGAAGAGUGGACUGAAAGAGAUCAAAACAUUUUUGACAAAUGAUCAAACAAAAGUCACUGAGGAAGAGGAUAAGAGUUCAGAUACAGAUGCAGCCAGUGCCUCAGACACAACAAUAAAACCCAAUCCUGAAAACACUGGGCCCACAUUAGAAUGGGAUGACUACGAUUUAAGGGAAGAUGCUUUGGAUGAUAGUGUUAGUAGUAGCUCAGUACAUGCUUCUGCAUUGGCAGGUAGCCCUGUGAGAAAAAAUCUUUUCCGCUCUGGUGAGUCAACAACAGGAUUUAACUUGAGUUUGAAAUCUGCUUUGAGUCCAUCUAAGUCUCCUGCCAAGUUGAAUCAGAGUGGGACUUCAGUUGGCACUGAUGAAGAAUCUGAUGUUACUCAAGAAGAAGAGAGAGAUGGACAGUACUUUGAACCUGUUGUUCCUUUACCUGAUCUAGUUGAAGUAUCCAGUGGUGAGGAAAAUGAACAAGUUGUUUUUAGUCACAGGGCAAAACUCUACAGAUAUGAUAAAGAUGUUGGUCAAUGGAAAGAAAGGGGCAUUGGUGAUAUAAAGAUUUUACAGAAUUAUGAUAAUAAGCAAGUUCGUAUAGUGAUGAGAAGGGACCAAGUAUUAAAACUUUGUGCCAAUCACAGAAUAACUCCAGACAUGACUUUGCAAAACAUGAAAGGAACAGAAAGAGUAUGGGUGUGGACUGCAUGUGAUUUUGCAGAUGGAGAAAGAAAAGUAGAGCAUUUAGCUGUUUGUUUUAAACUACAGGAUGUUGCAGACUCGUUUAAGAAAAUUUUUGAGGGGGGAGGGGGGAGGGAUAGCAUUGGGAGAUAUACGUAAUGCUAGAUGACGAGCUGGUGGGUGCAGUGCACCAGCAUGGCACAUGUAUGCAUACGUAACUUACCUGCACAUUGCACACAUAUACCAUAAAAGCAAACGUAUAAUAAUAAUUUUUAAAAAAAGGGUAAUUAAAUUAGAAUAAAUAAAAUAAUAUGUUCUUUUUGGAAAGCUUAAAAAAAAAAAUUUUUUUUGAUGAAGCAAAAACAGCCUAGGAAAAAGAUUCUUUGAUAACACCUCAUGUUUCUCGGUCAAGCACUCCCAGAGAGUCACCAUGUGGCAAAAUUGCUGUAGCUGUAUUAGAAGAAACCACAAGAGAGAGGACAGAUGUUAUUCAGGGUGAUGAUGUAGCAGAUGCAACUUCAGAAAUUGAAGUGUCUAGCACAUCUGAAACAACAACAAAAGCAGUGGUUUCUCCUGGAUUUAGUUUUAAUGCACCUUUGAAAAGUAACAAUAGUGAAACUAGUUCAGUAGCCCAGAGUGGAUCUGAAAGCAAAGUGGAACCUAACAAAUGUGAACUGUCAAAGAACUCUGAUAUGGAACAGUCUUCAGAUAGCAAAGUCAAAAAUCUCUUUGCUUCCUUUCCAACGGAAGAAUCUUCAAUCAACUACACAUUUAAAACACCAGAAAAGGGAAGUGAGGAGCGUCUCUGCCUGGCCACCCAUUGUCUGGGAUGUGAGGAGCCCCUCUGCCCGGCCGCCCCAUCUGGGAAGUGAGGAGCGCCUCUGCCCGGCUGCCAUCCCGUAUAGGAAGUGAGGAACGUCUCUACCCGGCCGCCCAUCAUCUGGGAUGUGAGGAGCGCCUCUGCCCAGUUGCCCAACGUCUGGGAAGUGAGGAGCGCCUCUGCCCGGCCGCCCCGUCUGGGAAGUGAGGAGCGCCUCUGCCCUGCCGCCCCGUCUGGGAGGUGAGGAGCGCCUCUGUCCGGCCGCCACCCCGUCUGGGAGGAAGUGAGGAGCGCCUCUGCCUGGCCGCCACCCCGUCUGGGAGGAAGUGAGGAGCGCCUCUGCCCGGCCGCCCCGUCUGGGAGGUGAGGAGAGCCUCUGCCCGGCCGCCACCCCGUCUGGGAGGAAGUGAGGAGCGCCUCUGCCCGGCUGCCCCGUCUGGGAAGUGAGGAGCGCCUCUGCCUGGCUGCCCCGUCUGGGAAGUGAGGAGUGCCUCUGCCCGGCCGCCGCCGCGUCUGGGAAGUGAGGAGUGCCUCUGCCUGGCCACCCCGUCUGGGAGGUGAGGAGCGCCUCUGCCCGGCCGCCACCCCGUCUGGGAGGAAGUGAGGAGCGCCUCUGCCCGGCUGCCCCAUCUGGGAAGUGAGGAGCACCUCUGCCUGGCCGCCACCCUGUAUGGGAAGUGAGGAGCGCCUCUGCCUGGCCACCCCGUCUGGGAGGUGAGGAGUGCCUCUGCCUGGCCGCCACCCCAUCUGGGAGGAAGUGAGGAGCGCCUCUGCCCGGCUGCCCCAUCUGGGAAGUGAGGAGCGCCUCUGCCCGGCCGCCACCCCGUCUGGGAAGUGAGGAGUGCCUCUGCCUGGCCACCCCGUCUGGGAGGUGAGGAGCGCCUCUGCCCGGCCGCCCCAUCUGGGAGGUGAGGAGCGCCUCUGCCCGGCCGCCAGCCCGUAUGGGAAGUGAGGAGCGCCUCUGCCUGGCCACCCCGUCUGGGAGGUGAGGAGUGCCUCUGCCUGGCCGCCACCCCGUCUGGGAGGAAGUGAGGAGCACCUCUGCCCGGCUGCCCCAUCUGGGAAGUGAGGAGCGCCUCUGCCUGGCCACCCCGUCUGGGAAGUGAGGAGCGCCUCUGCCUGGCCACCCCGUCUGGGAGGUGAGGAGCGCCUCUGCCCGGCCGCCCCAUCUGGGAGGUGAGGAGUGCCUCUGCCCGGCCGCCACCCCGUCUGGGAGGAAGUGAGCAGCACCUCUGCUCGGCUGCCCCGUCUGGGAGAUGAGGAGCACCUCUGCCCGGCCGCCCCGUCUGGGAGGUGAGGAGCGCCUCUGCCCGGCCGCCACCCCGUCUGGGAGGAAGUGAGAAGCGCCUCUGCCCGGCUGCCCCGACUGGGAGGUGAGGAGUGCCUCUGCCCGGCCGCCACCCCGUCUGGGAGGAAGUGAGGAGCGCCUCUGCCCGGCUGCCCCGUCUGGGAAGUGAGGAGUGCCUCUGCCCGGCUGCCGCUGCAUCUGGGAAGUGAGGAGUGCCUCUGCCUGGCCACCCCGUCUGGGAGGUGAGGAGCGCCUCUGCCCGGCCGCCACCCCGUCUGGGAGGAAGUGAGGAGCGCCUCUGCCCGGCUGCCCCAUCUGGGAAGUGAGGAGCACCUCUGCCUGGCCGCCACCCUGUAUGGGAAGUGAGGAGCGCCUCUGCCUGGCCACCCCGUCUGGGAGGUGAGGAGUGCCUCUGCCUGGCCGCCACCCCAUCUGGGAGGAAGUGAGGAGCGCCUCUGCCCGGCUGCCCCAUCUGGGAAGUGAGGAGCGCCUCUGCCCGGCCGCCACCCCGUCUGGGAAGUGAGGAGUGCCUCUGCCUGGCCACCCCGUCUGGGAGGUGAGGAGCGCCUCUGCCCGGCCGCCCCAUCUGGGAGGUGAGGAGCGCCUCUGCCCGGCCGCCAGCCCGUAUGGGAAGUGAGGAGCGCCUCUGCCUGGCCACCCCGUCUGGGAGGUGAGGAGUGCCUCUGCCUGGCCGCCACCCCGUCUGGGAGGAAGUGAGGAGCACCUCUGCCCGGCUGUCCCAUCUGGGAAGUGAGGAGCGCCUCUGCCCGGCCGCCACCCCAUAUGGGAAGUGAGGAGCGCCUCUGCCUGGCCACCCCGUCUGGGAGGUGAGGAGCGCCUCUGCCCGGCCGCCUCAUCUGGGAGGUGAGGAGUGCCUCUGCCUGGCUGCCACCCCGUCUGGGAGGAAGUGAGCAGCACCUCUGCUCGGCUGCCCCGUCUGGGAGAUGAGGAGCACCUCUGCCCAGCCGCCCCGUCUGGGAGGUGAGGAGCGCCUCUGCCUGGCCACCACCCCGUCUGGGAGGAAGUGAGGAGCGCCUCUGCCCGGCCGCCCCGUCUGGGAGGUGAGGAGCGUCUCUGCCUGGCCGCCCCCUCUGGGAGGUGAGGAGCGCCUCUGCUCGGCGGCCCCGUCUGGGAAGUGAGGAGCGCCUCUGCCCGGCUGCCCUGUCUGGGAGGUGAGGAGCGCCUCUGCCCGGCCACCCUGUCUGGGAGGUGUACCCAACAGCUCCGAAGAGACAGCGACCAUUGGGAGCGGGCCAUGAGGACGAUGGCGGUUUUGUUGAAAAGAAGGGGAGGUGAAGUGUGGGGAAAGGAAGGUGAGAUCAGAUUGUUGCUGUGUCUGUGUAGAAAGAGGUGGGCAUAGGAGACACCAUUUUGUUCUGACUAGGAGAAAUUUUUCUGCCUUGGGGUGCUGUUGAUCUAUGGCUUUUCCCCCAGCCCCGUGCUCUCUGAAACAUGUGCUGUGUCAACUCAGGGUUAAAUGGAUUAAGGGCGGUGCAAGAUGUGCUUUGUUAAACAGAUGCUUGAAGGCAGCAUGCUCUUUAAGAGUCAUCACCACUCCCUAAUCUCAAGUACCCAGGGGCACAAACACUGCAGAAGGCCGCAGGGACCUCUGCCUAGGAAAACCAGAGACCUUUGUUCAUGUGUUUAUCUGCUGACCUUCUCUCCACUAUUAUCCUAUGACCCUGCCGUAUCCCCCUCUCUGAGAAACACCCAAGAAUGAUCAAUAAAUACUUCAUAAAUAAAAAAAUAAAAAAAAAUUUAUUAGCUUGUUUCUUUUCUACUUCACCCCUCUUCCUUCCUCCAACCCCAAAUAGCCUAAGACAAUGGAGUCAUAUAGCCCAACACUUGGCCUAUAUACAGCAAUCCACUUUCUAGGCAAAUGCAGUUUUAAAACUGCCAUAGGCCAGGCACCAGUGGUUCACUCCUAUAACCCCACCACUUUGGGAGGCCGAGGCAGGCGGAUCACAAGGUCAAGAUAACCGAGACCAUCCUGGCCAACAUGGUGAAAUCUCGUCUCUACUAAAAAUACAAAAAUAGCUGGGCAUGGUGGCAUGCGCCUGUAGUCCCAGCUACUCAGGAGGCUGAGACAGGAGAAUCGCUUGAACCCAGGAGGCGGAGGUUGCAGUGAUCUGUCACGCCACUGUACUCCAGCCUGACGGCAGAGUGAGACUCCAUCUCAAAACAAAACAAAACAAAACAAAACAAAAAACCUAUGUUGUAGUUAGAGUUGGUUUCCAUGUCAGAUGUAUUUAAUACUGUGAUGUCAUUAACUUCUUUGAAAUGCUUCACAUACAACUGCUGUAGUUAACUGAAUUCAAGCUGCAUCUUAAGAAUUAUGGUUUCGUUUUUGUUUUAGUUUUAAAUUACUUUUACUUUUGACAUUUUCAAGCAUACAAGGAGGACACUAUAAUCUCUCUUGAGUUGUCACGCAUCUCUAAUAGUUUUCAACUCAUGGACAGUCUUUUGGCGUAAAUAGGGGAGAGUUAGAGACUUAAAUCCCACACAUCAUUUCUUUCCCCAGUGAAUAAUUCAAUGUUUAUUGGAUUUCUCUGUCACCUAUACCUAGUUUAUGUUCAUUUUGCCUGUGUUAUUGUGAAUGUCUUUUUAUAGUAUCCUAAAUAGGGCUCGUAUAUUGCAUUUGGUUGAUGUUCCUUAAGCUUUACUUUGUUGUUGUGUUUUUGUUUGUUUGAGAUGUAGUGUUGCUCUGUCACCCUGGCUGGAGUGCAGUGGUCCGAUCAUGGCUCACUGCAAUCUCCACCUCCCGGAUUCAAGUGAUUCUCCUGCCUCAGCCUCCUGAGUAGCUGGGACUACAGAUGCACGCCACCAUACCCAGCUAAUUUUUCUAUUUUUAGUAGAGACGAGGUUUCACCAUGUUGGCCAGGAUGGUCUCAAUCUCUUAACCUUGUGAUCUGCCCACCUUGGCCUCCCAAAGUGCUGGGAUUACAGGUGUGAGCCACCACGCCCGGCCAUUUUGUUGUUUUUUUAUCUAUAACAAUUAUAUAUAUAAAUGUAUUUUUUAAUGUGCCACUUAUUAAUUGAAGAAACUGGUCAUUUAUGCUAUAGCAGUCCUAUAUUUGGGUUUUAAUCAUUACAGAGUAACACUGAACUUGUUCCAGUUGCCUAUAAAUAGGAAGAUCCAGGUGCAAUUGGGUGGGAUGGUGGACAAAAAUACAUCAUAGAUGGUAUUGUGUGCUUUCUAAGACAUCAGGAGGCCCAGAAUGUCCAGACAUCUUACUUUUAACUGACUGACCUUAUCUAGUUGGUGCUCUUUAACAUGUUCCCCUAUCCCCUGUAAAUCCUAAUAACUAAACUGAUGAGUCAUCCUCAAAAUUGAGCAGGCAUCUGAAUCAUGUGGUAUACUUACUAAAAUUCCAAUUGCUGGUCCCCAAUUUCUGACCCAAGAUUCUGCAUUUUUAACAAUUUGUUGCUGAUGCUUCUGGUCUGGGGCCCAUACCUUGAGAAACCCUGGUCUAGAGGCCUGAUAAGAUUCAGGCUUAAUUUUUUUUACAGACAUACUUCAUAAGUAGUAUUGAUAGUUUCUUUGAAUCUGGUUUUUCAUAAACUUUCUAAUGAUGAUGGUAGAAUGUUCUCAAUACUGACAGUAAUCUCAGUUCUUCAAACUAUAGGAUAGAUUUCUAUGGCCACAAUAGUAUUUUUGUCACAAGGGCCCAAAUAAGAAUACAUCUUGUAUAUUUUUAGUAAAUAGUUAUUCAAAUUACAAAUUCACUGUCUUUAAUUUAUUCUAACAAAAGUAAACCCAAUUUUAUAGUUAUAAAAAAGAAGAAAUCUACUUCUAGUCAUCUAAGAGUAAAACUGCCCCUAUAAAAAACAAGACAGAAAUCUCAAAAUUAUAACUAAUUUUAUAGUUAUGAAAUUAACCGGGACUUUAAGAACGUUUGCAUUUUAAAAUUAAAGUUUUUAAUAGUUUUCAAUACAACAAUGAUAUUAUCUCAAAAUACUUAGCAUGUCUCACAGCCCUCUUUUAAAAACUCAGCAUGUUUAAUGUAGUUGUUGCUAACAUCCAGGUGGCUCCUAUAAGUUAAGGGUCCAUUGAUUUAGAAGUUCUAAAAGAGACUAACCUAAGGGAUACCAAUAACAGAUAUUUUUAAAGAAUUUCAUAGAGGAGAUACACAUUAGAAACCCAGAACUCUUAAGAUGUGCAUUUGCUAAGUCCUGUAAACAGACAGGAAAACACUUACAUUUAAAUUAGUUUGCGCUUUAAAGAUUAUUUACUACUUGUCUCUUAUCAAUGUGAGUACAUAAAAGAGACCUUAUUACAAUUAAAAACAGUGAUGGUUUAGCAGCAGAUUUAGAUACUUACAUUCUCUCUUUAAGAAAGAGAAUGUAAGGCCUGGCGCGGUGGCUCACACCUGUAAUCCUAGCACUUUGGGAGGCCGAGGAGGGUAGAUCACCUGAGGUCAGGAGUUCGAGACCAGCCUGGCCAACAUGGUGAAACCCCUCUCUACUCAGAAUACAAAAAUUAGCUGGGCGUGGUGGCACAUGCCUGUAAUCCCAGCUACUUGGGAGGCUGAGGUAGGAGAAUCGCUUGAACCCAGGAGGCAGAGGUUGCAGUGAGCCGAGAUGGUGCCAUUGCACUCCAGCCCGAGCAACAAGAGCAAAACUCUGUCUCAAAAAAAAAAAAAAAAAAUGUAAACUAGAAGAUAGUUCAAAAGAAAUUACACAGAAUUCAGCAUGGGAGAAACAAAAAACAAGAGUGGGAAAAGACAUCAAACAUGUUUUUACUAAUCGAAGUUCUAAAAGGAGAGAAAAGAAUACAGCACAGAUAAUAUAUGAAGAGAAUGGCUGGAAAUCUUUCAGAACUGUUGAAGGAUAUCUAUCCACAGAUCAAAAACCCAAUAAAAUCUCAAGCAGUAUUAAAAAAAAAAGAAUUCUUUUUUUUUCUAGUCACAUAAGAGUAAAACUGCCCCUAAAAAAGACAGAGAGAAAUCUCAAAAGCAGCCGGAGAAAGAAGACACAUUGCCUCACAAUAGACUUCUCAACAGCAUUGGUGUAGUACUAUCUCAUGUACUAAAAUAACUGCCAACCUUUUAUAUUUUCCAAGAUCUCUUCUGGAAAACAAAAACUUUAAGAA